UAAUCGCACAAUCAUGUGAGCAAAACAAUACUGGAAGUGAGCGGCGAGUUCUUUCUGAUGGCUAUUUACAAAAUAAAUUUUUUCGAAGUUAAAGAUCGUGGAACGCCCUUAAACCAGUCUUCAAAGCACGGCACUUCUCUUAAAAAAUAUCGAAAAGUAAGCGAGAGAAGAAAAUGGUUCUUGAAAAAGGGAAUCAUUUAAACAUCAGCAAAAAAUCGAGGCUCUGGCGCAUGCGGUUGGGCCAAAUUGGACAGUCAAUAUGGCAGCUCAAAUGUGAUAGAAUGACACAAAGACUUCAACAGCGAGACACAUAAACUACGGAUAAAAUCAAGCUAAACUACUAAGAGAGCAACUAUGGAUCGCAAGAGAUAUAGAAACUUUGAUCCAGAUAAUGAUUCAAGGGAGAAAAAAAGAAGACGUCCUGAGCCUAUUGAUGUUGAAGAUCGACUGGAGUCCUUAAUCACAAGAGUUGGAGAGAAGAGCACUUCUUCACUCAAAAGCAAUUUGGAUGGACUUGCUGCUGUCUUAGAGACUGAUAUUCCAAACUAUAAGGAUCUUAUUCUUAGAAUAUUAAGUACCUGCAUUUCAAAUUUACCAGAAAAGAUCACUAUAUAUUCAACACUUGUUGGCCUGCUCAAUGAGAAGAAUUUUGAUUUUGGAGGAGAGCUGUUGGAAAUGGCAAUAAGGAACCUUGAAGACAUGAUGGCUGCUCAACAGUUUGAAAGGGCACGUUUGAUGGUUCGGUUCAUAUCUGACUUGCUUAACUGCAACUUCCUUGUUGCUACUUCCUUGAUUUCUUUCCUGGAAAACUUCAUAAACAUGGCUGGGCAACCAAAUAUUCCACAGGUGCGAUCUGAUUGGUUUGUUUACAUUGUGCUCUCAAGUUUGCCAUGGUGCGGUAAAGAACUUGCGUCGAAACGAGGCAAGGAGCUAGAGAGGCUGCUGUCAGCCCUUGAAGAGAUCAUAAGUAAGAGGAGCAAACGUCACACAAAGGCCCUCCGUGUCUGGUCGACUGAUGACCCUCAUCCUCAAGAAGAGUACAUCGACUGUUUAUGGGCGCAGAUCGAGAAGAUGAAGAGUGAUGGAUGGGAGGAAAAGCAUAUACGCCGACCGUACAUUGAAUUUCACGCUGUUUUGUGCAAAGCCAUGCCUCAUCCAAUACCUCCUUUCAAAAUUCCGCCACAUUCAGAUAGAAUUUCGUACCCUUUGCCAUCAGUGGUCUUUCGAAUUUUCGAUUACACAGAUUGUCCCGAAGAACUGCCUCUACCAGGGUCGCAUGCCGUCGAGCGUUAUUUGGUCGAAGAAAGUAUUUCUCGAGUAAUGGACGCUCAUUACAAGGACAGGAAGGAAUGUGCAAACCAGUUGCUGAGUUAUUACAUGAAAGGGAAAGUGCCUCUUGAACACAUCAUUGUGGAAGUUAUACUUGGCAAUCUCCUCCGCCUUCCACAGCCGCAGCAUAUUCCAUUGUUCUAUGGCUCGCUCACCAUUGAAUUAUGCAAGUUGCAACCAAAUUCUUUUCCAGGAGUUGUAGCACAUGCUGUAGAGCUCUUGUUUGACCGACUCGAUUCAAUGAAUGUCACGUGCAUUGAUCGGUUUGUCGACUGGUUCACAUACCAUCUUGGCAACUUCCAAUGCAAAUGGUCUUGGGACGACUGGAGUGAAUUCGCCCAGGCUGACAGGCAAUCAACUAAAGUCAGAUUUAUUGUCGAGGUUCUCGAACGCUGCACAAGAAUGUAUUAUCGCCAAUAUGUCAUCGAAAAGAUUCCAGAAAGCUUGUAUUCACUGAUGCCUUUAAACCCGCAAGGAAAUUUUAGAUAUGAAGAUCCGGAGAGCACUGAUGAGCCUGGACAUUCGACUGUCAGAUCGCUCAUCAAUGCGAUCAAAUCGAAAACCAACAAUGAAGGAUUAAUCAACAUUAUCAACGAAAUAUCGGAUACAGAAAAGUCUUUUUACAUGCUGACCAAUGAUGAAGGGAACCAGCUUGACGAUGGCACGUUUGCUCCGCUUCGAGUUGAAAUCUCCACCCUAACAAUUCUGCGUGCGGGUGUUAAGUCAAUCAGUCACACAUACAGUGCUUUGUCCAAGUUUAACUCAAUCUUCAAAUCUUUGAUCACAUCUCCAAAUGGACAGUUGCAGUGUCUUUUUGCCAUAAGAGAGUUCUGGCUAAGGAACCCACAGAUGUUAACAAUAGUCAUUGACAAGUUGAUUCGCCUGCAAAUUAUAAACUGUAGCACAGUUGUCAACUGGAUAUUCUCGAAAGAGAUGAAUGCUGAUUUCACCAGAUGCUAUAUCUGGGUAAUGCUCCACAGUACACUCAAGAAGAUGAUCAAACAUAAAAACAAAGUUCUUAAAGAGUUCAAAGAUACAAAAGAAAAAAUGAACAGACUAAUAGAGAAAGCCAAAAAGCAGGGAGAUUCGAGCAGUGACAGCGGAGAGGAUUCUGCGAAGGAGGACAUGAAUGCUGAGAUUGAGCAAAAAGAGUAUGAGACGGAUGAGCUGUCAGAGAGGCUGGAGAAUGCAGAACGAGACCAGAAAGAGCUCUUCUUGAUACUUUUCCAGCGGUUCAUCCUUGUUCUAACUGAGCAUGCAGUACAAUGUGAGCAACAGCAGAAAAGCAAGCUCAACUCGUGGUUCAGAUUUACCUUGCAGAGGCUCCAGGAGAUCUUUUUAACUUACCAUUCUGAGAUCCAAAAGUAUGAAGACACGCUGGCCAGUUUGCUUUUCACCACUGAUUUAGAGUCGCAUAUCCUUGAAGUCUUCCAAAGGUUUAAAUCAUUGACAAGCUGAUCUUGGCCAGAUGCCAUCAAAUGUCGGUUUAAGUCGUCAGUUGGUUGUUUGUCUCCCGGCAACUUUGGAACCAAUUUAUUUGCCGCAAAUCAAACAUACUUGUGCCUAAAGCCAGACCCCCGUACACGGUAGUGUCAUGGAUACUUUCGAACCUUGUUAAUAAACAAGGGAACCGUAGUAUAAACAGAUUUCUUACAAGCAACAGUUGUUUUUUUUCAGAAAUCAAUUUAUCUAAAGUUAAUUUAUCA